ACACACAAGAAGAAGAACGAGACGUACCGGAAGUAGGAAACAAAACAGUUGGACGUGGGUUUGUCUUCUGACAGCUGCGGCGAGAGAAACAUGACCAACGAGACAGACAGAAGGUCCAGGUUUUAUACAUGCAGCUGCUUCACAACCGAUAACAUCUUCCUGGAGGACUACAAGCUGCAUGUCCGCUUUGUGUCCGAGCAGCAGUUCAGACUGGACUACCAGUCACUGCUACAGAGCCGUGGCUGCGUCACCGAGCAGCAGUUUGCAGACGCGCUCACAAAGAUUUCCCAGGAGGUGGACAGAAGGCGGCGCAUAUGUGAGACGUCAGCUGAAAGAACUGCUGCCAUUAAGCAAACGUACCGGCCUCUUCACCCUCAUGUCUACCGUCUGCAGGAGUCCUACCUCGCUCCAAAGCUCCAGCAGAUUGUUGAGUACUGCAGAAGCAGCGGCGCCUGUAAAGAAGGUCUUGUGGAGUUGCUGGAGGACGUGGGGGCUCUGAGAGUGUAUCGUCUCCCAGUGUUUGAGAAACGCUUCUGUGAGGAGCUGGUGGAGGAGCUGGAGCACUUUGAGCGGUCGUCGGCCCCUAAAGGAAGACCCAAUACCAUGAACAACUACGGGAUUCUUCUCAAUGAGCUGGGCUUUGACGAGGGCUUCAUCACUCCUCUCCGUGAGCGCUACCUGCAGCCACUCACCUCCCUGCUCUACCCGGACUGCGGGGGGCGCUGUCUAGACAGCCACAAAGCUUUUGUCGUCAAAUAUGACCUAAACGAAGACCUGGAGUUGAGCUAUCACUAUGACAACGCCGAGGUCACUCUUAAUGUUUCCCUGGGCAAAAGCUUCACAGACGGAAACCUUUUCUUUGGUGACAUGAGACAGGUGCCUGUAAGCGAGACCGAGUGCACAGAGGUGGAACACAGGGUUACCGAGGGGCUCCUGCACCGGGGCCAGCACAUGCACGGGGCCCUACCCAUCUCCUGCGGCCAGCGUUGGAACCUCAUCAUCUGGAUGAGGGCCUCCCAAGAGCGCAACAACCUGUGCCCUAUGUGCAACAGAAGGCCCUCGCUGGUGGAGGGGGACGGCUUCGCAGACGGAUUUACAGAUUACACCUGUCCUCACCAGAAUGGCUCAUGCGCUUUAACAUGACAGUAUCCAGCUGCUCUCCAGACUUUAGGAACCCACAUCUUCUAUACCUGGUCAGCCCUGGUCAGGAUCUCCAGUUGUCCGUCAGCUGUAGGUGGAGUACUUCAGGAAACCUUUUUACACAAUGUAUAGAAACUAAUUAUAGUAGAUACUAUUUUAGAAUCUUUAUGUAAUGUAUAAUUGUUGAAUAAUUAUGCCUGGUUGAGGGGGAGGGAGUCUUGAACACUUGUCAGUUGCUAAUCCAGUUGUAUUUGCUGAUUAGCUUGAUUUUUGUGCCUCUUAUGAUGUCAUUAACUCAGAUACUCCCGAAGCUAAAUGAUCCAUUUAAUUUCUUCAGCACACUUUUUUUUUUUAAAUCUUGGAUACUGGGUAUCCCUGGGUGUCUUUCUUUUUUUUUUUUUUUUUUUUUUUUGCGAGUGUAUACUGGCCUGGCUGCAGGACAGAAAGCUGGCUAGUCUCCCAUAACUGGAGCGGCUACCCACAGAGGAUCAUGUUUUCCCAGGUACAGAAGGAAAGAAAAUCAAAGUCCCAGUUCAGAAUAAUGAAGGUUUAAUUCAACAACUCAUGGAUGUUCGGUUAUCUGUUUACAGCGCACAUUCAGUGUCCCGUUUAAAGUCCACCAUGUUCUUGCACGUUUUAAAAAGGAAAAGCACAAACAUGGACCUGUUGGUUCCAGCUCUGAAAAGAAGUGAGCCUGUACACACACAACACCAGUGCCUUUUGGUUGUUUCUUUUUCUUCUUGCUAAAUGGCAAGUUGGACUUUUGAAGUAAAGGGAAAUGGGGGGUGGGGGUGAGGCUGUGUGGGAUGGGACAGACUCAGCAGACGCCCCUAGCACAAAUAUAUACACGCUAACGAGAGGAGGCAGAGCUGCACACAGGAGGAUUUACACUUCCUAAAAUAAAGCUGCACACACACCCUGCCCCACAGUUCAUCUCUGUACAUACAGUUGGCCUCAUUUGGUAUUACAGUUAAUUACAGUUAUAGCUCAAUAAUACAGAGUUACACUUGGUAAAAUGACAGUAUAAUAAUUACAUAAAGUUACAGUGUAUUGUAAAGAGAUACAUGGUUCCUCUCCUCCAGGGUCCUAUACAUUAUACAAGUAAAUAAAUACAAUCAUUUAUCAAUGGACUAUACACAGGACAUGUCAGCACACAUUUAAAAGUGAAGGUUUUCAAACUUUCUAAUCACAGUCUGCUGUCGGGUUUCCAUCCAGCUGCCUCUCACUAUCCUGUUCGGUCAGCCAGACAUCAUAACGUGGUCUCGCUGCUAAUGUCCCGGCCCCGAUGGCGGUCCAGGUCCGAGUCGUAGUCUGACUCCAUCUCGAUCUUGACCUGGGGCACGGGGCAGCCCAUCCCCCGGCCCAUGGGCAUGGCUGGUGAAGACGGGCAGGAGAUCUUCAAGUGGAGGGUGAUGCUGAGGAAGGGCAAGCUCUAGUUACCAGACGCCCACAGCCAAAAACACCAAAGGGGCUACCAGGGAGGACGGGGGCUCAGCCAUGAGGUAUUAUGACUCCAAGAGAAAACGCCACAAUGCCUUAUGUCUGACAGCAGGGUGGGUUAUAGACAGAUGUGUCCCAUUAGAAAUACGUUUUUCACAGGUCGGCGGAGAGUAAGGUCAAAACAGAUUGAUUUCCUUCAAACCAUUGUGCUAUAGCUAGUCAGACCCUGACAUAGUUUGAACUGAACUUUAAGGAAACCCAGAAAUCAUACAGUGCCUUCCAAAAGUACUCGUGUCCCUGGAACAAUUUUGAAGUGAAGGAAAAUGAUGGAUGGCUUUUAAAUACUUCUAUUUUUAAUGAAUAGCUAAAUGGAGUGUCGUGAAAUAGUUUUCCAUGCCUUUACUGCGACACCCCUAAGUAGUCGCCUCCGGAAGUCACCUAAUUGAAAAA